GUCAAGCUAAUUGCGAGCAGUUUGGCUCAGGCUUAGAUUCACAAUCGUGCUUCACACCUCCAUCCAUGACUCAAGUCAAUAACUUUUCCCCAGAACACUAGAGCCCCGCUGUCUGGCCGGAAGUAGCUGUUUCCGCCGGCACUGCCCAUUGAGAUACCCUGAAGUACGCUGUCCGGUCUCGGAGUCGGCUAACAUGAGAGAAGGCAAGCCCCAAGCUCCAAAUGAGGAGCAGUCCAAAUACAAGCGUUCUGAUGAAUCUGCAGAACACUGCCUUCACGAACAUCGAUCAAAGAAGCGUAAAGUUGUAUCAGACGCGCAAACCCUAACUCUACAACCCCAUCUCGAUUUUCCGACUGUGAAUAGGUUUGCGCCAAUUAAUUCCUCGUCGUCUCGAAGGCGAAGGAGAAAUCGGUACCGAAGCAGAGAGCCGAUUACUUUAGAGAGCAAUCGCAGUUGGGUCUCAAGUUCUCAUGAUCCCGCCGCUUUUGCAGAUAGACUUGUGUUGGUUUCGUAUAAUAUACUUGGUGUAGAGAAUGCCUUAAAGCAUCCAGACUUGUACUCUCAAGUUCCAAGAGAAUUCUUGAAGUGGGGUCGCAGGAAGCGGCUCAUAUGCAAGGAGAUCAAACAAUAUAACGCUGGCAUCCUAUGUUUUCAGGCAGUUACAAGCUAUAGUUCUAGAAAACAUGUACUUUUGAUCUAUAGUUUCUUUCAGGAGGUUGAUCGUUUCAAUGAUUUGGAUAGCCUUCUCCAAAAGGAUGGCUUUAGAGGUGUCUAUACAGCACGCACUGGUGAAGCAUGUGAUGGCUGUGCUAUGUUCUGGAAAGAUGAGAUGUAUACACUGUUGCAUAAAGAACAUAUCGAGUUCCGGAAUUUUGGUCUCCGGGACAAUGUAGCUCAGCUGUGUGUCCUACAGAUCAAUGACCAUCAAUCAGAAAAAGACACAGUAAAGCAAGUGCAGGGAGUCACUCAAUUCUUGAGGGUCCUGUCUAAUCAUGGACCGACUGGACUAAAGCUUGAGUUUGACUAGAUAACAGCAAGCCAAAGUAGAAGAUUUGUGGUUGGUAAUAUACAUGUGCUUUUCAAUCCAAACCGUGGAGAUAUCAAGUUAGGCCAGGUUCGACUACUUCUACAGAAGGCUCAUAAGUUAUCACAAGAAUGGGGCAGCAUUCCUGUUAUAAUUGGAGGGGAUCUGAAUAGCAUUCCAGAGAGUGCCAUGUAUCAGUUUCUCUCCUCAUCUGAGUUGGAUAUCCUGCUGCACGACCGCAGAAAGAUUUCUGGACAGCUUAAACGAUCAGCACAGCAGAAACACAUCAGGUUCCCGAUUGAGCAUUCGAGGUUGAAGACUUCAGAAAAUUUCUUCCUCUUUCUGUUAUAUGGUUCCUAGUUAUCAGGAAUAGAAUACUCAAUAAUGAUUGUUAUAGGUCUGAUAGGGGUUCUAACCAGUUGCGAAUUAACAAUAAGAUUUUGAGUUCAUUGUUUAUUAUUAGUACUACUAUUUUUUGUGGUGCUCCAAAUCAAGGGUGUGCCAUUGCACCCCCUAAUAAGGGGCUAGCUCCGCCCCUGGUUCUAACUCCAUUUACUGAUAAAAUUUACACCUUUGUAUAGCUGGAGUGAGGAAGAACUAAAGCUAGCUACUGGCAGAAAAGGAGCGGCUCAUCUUCAGCAUCAGUUGAAGCUUUCUAGUGCAUAUGCCAGGGUUCCUGUAAAUUUUUGUUCUCUCCAUGGAUUUUAUGUCCACUCUAUUUCUCUAGAUCAAAACUUGCUGAUGAAGAGACGGAACAAAUUACUCAAUAACAUGACCUCAGGGAAUCUAGGAUGAAUGUUUGAGAUGGACAGGUUUUUAACUUUUGCAAAGACUAGAUUUAAGCUAGUCAUUUUAGACAGGAAGAUACAAAAACCGAAAGGUGGUUGUACUCUUGAUCUCAAUUCCAAAAUUCGAGUUUAAGGUCAUGUGUUCCCUUUUUAAGUGUGAUUUACUGAUUACUCUCUCUGGUAAAUUUGUUCAAAUUCUUCAGGGGAGCAGCAGGUCAAGAGGCCCUUGUGGAGAACCAUUGGCAACCUCCUACCACUCAAAGUUUAUGGGAACGGUUGAUUAUAUCUGGCAUACGAAAGAACUUGUACCACUUAGGGUUCUUGAAACCUUGCCCCUUGAUGAUUUAAGGAGAAACGCUGGUCUUCCUAGCGAGGUUAAAAAAUUCUCUUCUUGCUUGCCUGGUUUGAUAUUUCUCAAGUUCUCGAGUAUUGUGUGAUCGCCCACGAGGGUAGCAGCAGCCCAUUUUUUGCCGCGUUUUUAUCAACACUAGUUUUCCCCAGUGCUCAAGGAAAAACUAUAUCGACAUAUGUGGCUAUUUAUUAUUGUCUGUAAAUAACAUAAAGAUUGUUUUAAUCACGCUUUGAGCAAGAUGGCCAGUAUCAUUGGUCCCUUUCAUAUACACUUAAACAAUGUCUGUAUCAUCUUGCAGAGAUACGGAAGCGACCAUCUUGCUCUUGUGUGCGAGUUGGCAUUUCUAGAUGAUAAUGAUGAUGAUGAUUACUGAAUUCUUUCGUGGAUGCAAAGCUGCAAGCGAGUUCUCGAGGGUAUACACAGAGCUAGCUAAGUGGAAGGAAGGGAACGGUCCGGGAUUCGUUUCAAGAGGGAACUCAAUUGUUCCCAAGUUUCCUGAAAUAGAACCUGGUCAUAAAAUACUAGCUUGGUGACGAAUGAAUUGUGACCAGCUCUAUUGUUCCCGGAGAAGGGUCGUGUGUGCAAUCAUGGAAGUGACGACGACGUCUAAGGGUCCAUGUUGGAAGAUGGCCACCUGUCUUCAAAGUAGCAUUUCCCGUUCGGCCUUCCUUCUACGUCUUCCACCACACUCGAACUGAUGAUGCUCCACGGUCCGCACCACCAUGUAAUACAAUGUGCCCUUUCUUAGCAUUACUAUUUUGCCCGCGCUUUGCGACGGUUGAAAACAAAUUAUAUUUAAAAACUCUCUC